AUGGCCAAACUUCCAACCUGCCGUUGGGGCAUCAUCACCACCGGCCUCAUCUCCUCCUGGUUCGUAGCCGACCUCGUGCUCCCCCGCCCCGACGCGAAGGCCCACCACAUAAUCCAAGCCAUCGGCGCCUCCUCACUCCGAAAGAGCCAGGCCUUCGCGGAUACCCACCUCAAGGACACCCCUCACCACAAGCCCGCCCUCUACGGCAGCUACGCCGAGGUUUGCGCCGACGCCUCCGUUGACUGCGUCUACAUCGGCAGCCCGCAUGGCGUGCACGCGCGCGACUGCCUCGCCGCCAUCGCGGCGGGCAAGAACGUGCUCUGCGAGAAGGCCUUCGCCAUCAACGCCUCCGAGGCGCGGUCCGUGUUCGACGCCGCGCGCCGCGCGGGUGUCUACGUUGCCGAGGCCAUGUGGCUGCGGCACCGGCCGCUGGUGGCCGACCUGCGGAAGUUGUUGUACGAGGAGAAAGUGAUCGGCGACGUGUUCCGCGCCACGUCCGAUUUUCAGAUGUAUGUUGAUAUGAAAAACGCACCGGCCACGUCGCGGUAUCGCGAUUUGGAGCUCGGCGCUGGGUCGUUGCUGGAUAUUGGGAUUUAUCCGCUGACGUGGGCGCUGCUGAUGCUGGAUUCGAAACUGCCGGGGGAUGGUAAUGGGGAGGGCGAGGGCGAGGGCGAGACGCCGCGGAUCAUGGCGGCGCAGUCGUUUGUAGAAGGGAUCGAGGUCACGACCAGCAUCGUGUUGCACUACGCGAGCAGCGGCCGCCAGGGCGUCGUGACGUCCACGACGGAGCGGAAGAAGGGCGCGUCGCAGAUCGUCGCCACGAUCGACGGCACGGACGGGUUCGUCGAGGUCGAGGGCGGAGCGCCGUCGCACCCGAAAUCGUUUACUGUGUAUCCGAAGUGGACGGGCGACGAGAAGCCGCAGGGGAAGAGGUACGACUACGAGAGCGCGCAGCAGGGGUUCAUCUACGAGGCGGACAAUACGGCGCUGGAUCUCGCGGCCGGUAGGAAGGAGAGCGCCGUCAUGCCCUGGUCGGAGACGAUCCGCGUCAUGGAGAUCAUGGAUGAGGUCAGACGGCAGGGCGGGUGUGUCUACCCUAGAGAGAGGGUUUAG